CGCGCAUAUCCAUACUGGACGCAGGACAGAGAUCCUACCCACAAACACUGCUUUGUUCCACACAUAGAGAGACGGGCUGCAUCUCUCCUACUGUACUCUGCAACCCCGCAGAGACUACACUGCACCCUCUUUGAGCUCCUCCCCCUUGACUUGCACGCUUCCGGUGAGAAUUCUCGACGAGGAACUCCCAUUCUCUCACUUCAGCUACCACAGCAAACAACAAGGAUGGGUGCUUCAGAGCUGGCUCCCAUCUCCAUCCCAGGGACGUCUACGACAAAAGUCUCGAUUUUGGGCAAGGAGACCAUCGUCGUCGGCAUCGACCUCGUAGAUCACAUUGCCCGGGACGUCACAACCAACAUCCCCGCAAGCGUUUACAUCAUAGUCACUGAUACGAACAUUGAACGACUGCACUUGAAGACGCUAGUAUCGGCUCUGCAGAAUGCAUUAGAUCAGAAUCAAACCACCACGGAUGCAAAGGCCCGCAUCCUUUCGUAUGUGAUGCCCCCAGGAGAGUCGUCAAAGACGAGGCGGACGAAAGCAGCGAUAGAAGACUGGGCACUGCAAAACAAAUGCACGAGAGACUCAUGUUUCAUCGCAUUGGGUGGAGGUGUCAUUGGAGAUCUGGUAGGGUUCGUCGCUGCAACCUUCAUGCGCGGCGUGCCCGUCGUGCAAAUCCCUACAACCUUGCUCGCCAUGGUCGAUUCCUCUGUAGGAGGCAAAACCGCCAUCGACACCCCGCAUGGAAAGAACCUGAUCGGAUCAUUCCACCAACCGCACCGCAUUUUCAUCGACUUGAGGUUCCUGCAGACCCUCCCCAUGCGCGAAUUCGUGAACGGACUGGGCGAGAUCAUCAAGACGGCCGCGAUCUGGGUGGAAGAGGAUUUCGAUCUGUUGGAGAAUCACCCGGAACAGAUUCUCGCCCUUAGCCAAGGCGCCGUGGACGAUCCGUCCUCAGCAGAGGUCCAGCUCCUUAUGCGAGUGAUUCUCGGAUCUGUGAGAGUCAAAGCUCAUGUGGUGACCGUUGACGAGAAGGAAGGAGGGCUUCGUGGACUCCUCAAUUUCGGGCAUUCCAUAGGCCAUGCGAUCGAAGCGAUAUUGUCCCCUAAUCUGCUGCAUGGGGAGUGCGUGGCGUUGGGCAUGGUUCGCGAGGCGGAGAUCGCACGCCAUCUUGGUUAUCUGAACGAGGUAGCUGUGGGACGGCUGGUGAGAUGCCUACAGGCAUACGGGCUGCCUGUCUCGCUCGAGGACAAAAUCGUCAAGCAGCGCGCACCUGGAAAACACUGCCCUGUGGAUAAGCUCCUGGACAUCAUGUGCAUCGACAAGAAGAAUCAGGGUUCCAAGAAGAAGAUUGUCAUGCUGUCUGGUAUUGGCCGAACUUACGAACCGCGCGCCAGUGUCAUUCCCGACGAUGUCAUCCGCAAGAUCUUGUCCCCUUCCGUCGAGAUCACCCCACCCAGCAAACCCAUCAACGUGCAGCUGAAAGCUCCUGGAUCGAAAUCACUGUCGAAUCGCGCUCUUGUCUUGGCUGCUUUGGGUGAGGGCAAGUGCCGCCUACACGGACUCUUGCACUCGGACGACGUACAGGUCAUGUUGGAUGCCCUGCAAAAGCUUGUGGGAAUCGAGUACCAGUGGGAAAACGAUGGAGACACCCUUGUUGUAACUGGAGGAGGCGGCCGAUUGCGCGUGCCGUCCAAGGAAGUAUACCUCGGCAACGCCGGAACGGCAGCUCGGUUUCUCACGACUGUGUGCGCACUUAUCCCCAAAACAGGGGAGAAAGUUGCAAGUCCCGCAUCGACCAUCGUCACCGGCAACCCACGCAUGAAGCAGCGUCCGAUCGGUCCAUUAGUCGAUGCCCUAAGCGCCAAUGGCGUCAGCGUGAAAUACCUCGAGACCAAGGGGUGUCUACCACUCGAGAUCACACCGAAUGGGAUCGGCCUUCCCGGCGGCCGCAUCAACCUCUCCGCCUCUGUCAGUUCCCAGUACGUCUCCUCGAUCCUCAUCUCGGCCCCUUACGCGGCACAAGAAGUGACCUUGGACCUGAGCGGCGACGCAGUCAUCUCGCAACUCUACAUUGACAUGACGAUCGCGAUGAUGGCGUCUUUCGGGAUCAACGUGGUCCGCCAGGAAGGGACGAACAUGUAUACCAUCCCCAAAGGCGUCUACAAGAACCCGGCCGAUUAUUACGUCGAAGCUGAUGCCUCCUCGGCGACCUACCCCCUCGCCUUCGCAGCCAUCACAGGUUCGCGAGUAACCGUCACCAACAUCGGCAGCGACUCACUCCAAGGCGACGCCCAAUUCGCAGUCAAAGUGCUACGCGAAAUGGGCUGCACAGUCGAACAAACAAAAACCAGCACAACCGUCUCCGGCCCCGCCGCCCUAAAACCCUUACCGACCAUCGACAUGGAACCCAUGACAGACGCCUUUCUCACCGCCUCCGUCCUCGCCGCCGUCGCCCGCGGUGGUCCCAAUAAAGACCACACCACCCGCAUCACAGGCAUCGCCAACCAGCGCGUUAAAGAGUGUAACCGGAUCGCGGUCAUGGUCGAACAACUCGCGAAAUUCGGCGUCUCGGCUUCGGAACUACCUGAUGGGAUCCAGAUUCAUGGUAUUGACCGCGCGGCACUGAGAACUCCUGAGGGCGGGGUGAAGUGUUAUGAUGAUCAUCGGGUGGCGAUGAGUUUUAGUGUGUUGGCGUGUGCGAUGCCCGGGGGGAAAAGGGCGGUGGUGAAUGAGAAGCGGUGUGUGGAGAAGACGUGGCCGGCGUGGUGGGAUGCGUUGUCGAAUCGGUUGGGGGUUCUGAUUUCGGGGGUGGAUGUCGAUGUCGAUGGCGAGGAAGGGGAUGGUCAUGCUGUUUCUUCCACGAAGGCCACGAAUGAGCUGCACCUCCGCAAUCUAGACGAAACCACACCAACGGCGUUGUCCGACGCAACCAUAGUCCUAAUCGGCAUGCGCGGCGCCGGAAAAACCCACGCAGGCCGCGCAGCCGCUAAAUAUUUCGGACGCGCAUUUAUCGACAUGGAUCACGCCUUCGAGUCCGAUCUCAACACUACCAUCCCCGAUUUCAUCAACACGAGAGGGUGGGAAGCCUUCCGCACCGAAGAAGUCCGGAUCCUUUCCCAGACACUUGCUGCACACCCGACCGACACCGUCAUUGCGUGUGGGGGCGGGAUUGUUGAGACAGCUGACGGCCGGAAGGUGUUAACAGGAUGGCAGGCCAAACAUGGGUGUGUGGUACAUAUCAAACGGGAUAUCACCGCCAUUGCGUCGCAUCUCGAUAAAGACACCACACGACCGAUGUACGGCGAAGACAUGCGGGGCGUGUGGGACCGUCGGAAAGGCUGGUAUAGAGAGUGUUCGGGAUAUGAGUGUGUGACUGUGCAUCAACCCGAUGGGACCGAGGAGUGGGGGAGGGUUGAGAAGGAUUUUACCAGGUUUUUGGCGUUUGUUACGCAGAGGAAGAGUACAAGGACGUUGCCGGGAGGUGUGCCGAACCCGCCGGCCCCUAGUUUCUUCAUCUCGCUCACGGCACCCGAUGUGACGCCUAUCCUUCCCGACCUGACCGCCAUCUGCGCCGGGGCUGACGCCAUUGAACUGCGGGUUGAUUUGCUGGCUUCUCACGAGGAGGAGUAUGUUGGUAGGCAGCUUGCGCUGCUUCGUCGGUACUCGCCGUUACCGAUCGUGUAUACCGUCCGUACGCAGAGCCAGGGCGGGAAGUUUGCUGAUGCGGACCAUGAUGCGCGGGUGGGGUUGUUGGAGUGUGGGGUUAGAUGGGCCUGCGAGUAUGUGGAUGUCGAGGUUGGGUGCGGGGAUGGGAGCGAGGUCGGGUUGACGCAAGCGCUUGUACAGCGGAAAGGACAUUCCGCCGUGAUUGCGUCGUUCCAUGAUGUCAAAGGCGUGGUAGCCUGGGACGACGCCAACGUCAACAUGAAUGUCCAGCGCACCUCAACACAUACCGGUUCAACAACCUUCAAAGCCAAAUACGACGACCUCGCCGCUGUCGGGGAUAUCGUCAAACUGAUCGGCCGCGCACAUUCCCUCGAGGACAAUUUCGCCCUCCGCCGAUUCGUCGCUUCUUUACCUGGAGACAAACCGGUGAUUGCGCUCAACAUGGGCCCGCUGGGGCAGAUCUCGCGCGCACUCAACACGUUCUUGACUCCCGUUACACACCCGCUGCUCACCACCGCCGCCGCGCCCGGGCAGUUAUCCGUUAAGGAGAUCCAUCAGUUCCGAACCCUGCUUGGAACACUGACACCGAAGGCGUUCUACCUGUUUGGUAAACCGAUCCAGCAGUCCGUCAGCCCGCAUUUGCAUAACGCCGGGUUUGAGGAGUUGGGGUUGCCGCAUCAUUACCAGCUGUAUGAGACGGAUGAUGUCAACGAGGUUGUGGAGGUAGUUCGCCGUGGAGUCGCGGAGGGGACAUUUGGAGGCGCUAGCGUGACGAUCCCGUUGAAGGAGGCUGUUAUCAAGAGCGGGGUCGUGGGGAUGUUGACGGAUGCUGCGACGCGGAUUGGGGCGGUGAAUACGGUGGGGGUUGGGGAGGGUGGGGAGGUGUGGGGGGAUAACACUGAUUGGGUGGGGAUUGUGAGGUGUGUGAGGCAGGCUGGGGUGGAGCUUGGGAAGCAGAUUACGGCAAACAUCACCGGGUCAUCGACUUCGACAACGCCUGCAUACGCACUCCAAACCAACCCCGACGUGAAAACGAUCGGCGUAGUCAUCGGCGCAGGCGGAACAGCCCGCGCGGCCCUCUACUCACUACAACACCUCCACGUCGACGAAAUCAGAGUGUGGAACCGCACCCCCGAAAAAGCCGCGGCAUUGGUCGAGCAAUUCAACGGUGGUGUCGUCGUCGCUGACCUCACCGCUCUCCUCGCCACCACCCCCGAGUCGGGACACACGACCCGGUUUAUCGUGGUGUCUACCAUCCCUGCCGCUGCACAAGACGCCGCGGCGUUCACGGGCAUGUUCCGAUCCCUCGCCACAUCACCAUCCACAGUCAGCGAGGUCACGGGCGUAGUCAUCGACAUGGCCUACCGACCCCUGUACACCCCGCUCCUGCUUGCGGCGCAGGCCACGGAAGGGUUGAAGAAAAGCUGGACGGUCGUGCCGGGGUUGACUGUGCUGGUGGAGCAGGGGGUGGAGCAGUUUGGGAGGUGGACGGGACGGAGGCCGCCGGUGGAGGUCAUGAGGGGGGCUGCAAGUAGGGGCUAUGAGGGUGUGUGAGGUUGGCGUACCUUGUGGAGUUGGGGUAGAUAGGUUGGAUGGGAUCUAUUGUGUGUGCGGUAUUUAGUGGCUUCUUUUUUCGCAGCGUUCGCUCGCAUUGAUUGUUUAGUUAUAGCUCUGAUGACCCUCCGGUGUACUGUACAUACGUUCUGGUUGAGCAUCAAAAAAGUCAAAAACUGGAGCGGGUGGGCACCUCAAUAAACCACUUCUUCCCACAUAGUUGCGCUCCUAGUUACGU